AGGGUCGAUAAUAUAUGUAUGUCGAAGGAAGGGUGUUUUCUUGAACACAAACCCCAACAAUAAUACAGUCCACAACAACGUCUGGUCCUUCGAUCGCCGGAUACUCCAGGAAGAGGAAACGCUGCCCGUGGAAGACCAGAUCCUGCCGAAGAGAGGUACGCAUCGGCAACGAGUUCACCUUCGAGGGGCGAAUAUCGGCAAACCGGUAACGUUGGUACUAGCCUGCUGGUGUUUUUGAUCGUCACCAGGCGAGUCAGGUACCUACCGACGGGGCCGCGCUGUUGGUACUAGUCCAAUGAGGUGAGUCGUAAGGUUUUUUACGGGUAGACUCGGGCCAUUGGGUGACCUUGGUGGUACGCGCCGGGAAUCAGGGGUGCUGGUCAGCGGAACGAGUCUGCCAGUAUAAGCCUGCGGUGCGUCACCUCUUUAGGCAUGGUGGUUACCCGCAGCCAGGGUGAAGCUGCAGAAGUGGAGGACCGGAGCCAAGAGACAGAGCGUGUACGGCAAGAACGAAUGCGGCGGCUGGUGCUGGACCCGCUGGCAUCGCCGUCUGACGCACGCUUGACGUCAGCCACAGAAACAAUGGAGAUCCCGCCGCAACCGCGACGGCAUUCGCCAGCGAGAUCCGCUAGAUCGGUGCGGUCGUCGGCGAGUACGGCGCGGCGGAUUAAGGCGGCGGAAUUAGAAGCGGCAGAGCGACUCGCCGCUAUCCAGAGAAAAGAACUACAAAUUGAGAAAGAACUAAUAAAUAAACGCUUACAGUUCGAGGUGUCCGCCAUACAGGAAGACGAGGGCCUGCCGGAAGAUACCGUCACCGCGACAGAAGAACGAAACAAGGUAGACGAGUGGCUCCAGUCACAUCCUGUGCCGAAGGAUGACAGACACCAGCGAUCCGAACUAAGAAGAGGAAGAUCGCCGACGCCGACCAGACGAACAGGAAUAGAGCAGCUGGCGGCGUCCCUAGAGAAGAUGGCGCGACCGCGCCUACGCCACGCGGACCUUCCGAUAUUUUCAGGUGCGAUCGAAGAGUGGCUGCCGUUCCGAGCAGCCUACCGGGACACAAGCAGCAUGUACCAAGUGUCCGACGCAGAAAACAUCCAGCGGCUGCGUACCUGCCUGAAGGGGGAAGCAAGGGACGCCGUGGCAGCGCUGCUUCACACUGCUUCAUCACCUGAAGCAGUCAUGAAAACUUUGGAGCAGUGCUUCGGGAGGCCCGAGAUAAUAAUCGACAGGGCCAUGGAAGACCUAAGGAAGCUGCCGCGACCUGGAGCAGCGGCCAAGGACAUCAACUGCUUCGCGGUAAAAGUGCAAAAUGUGGUGUGUAUACUUCAAACCAUAGACAGAAAAGGAUAUUUGUACAAUCCUAUGCUAGCACGGGAGAUAUUGGACAAACUUAGUCCGCACAUGCGGUCUAGGUGGUGUGAUUAUGCUUUUGCACAGGAAGGCACAGCGGAUCCAGAGAUCGUGGUGCUGUCCCGCUUCCUCAUGAGAGAGGCGGACCAGGCGCUUCGCUACACCUACGUUCCGACGAGCAGCACUGCACCAGCGCGCAGAGACGCCGCAGCAGCAGCAGCAGCAGCAGCAGCAGCGCGACCUGCUCCACCGAAAAGGAAGUCUGCAGUAUACACCAUGGUCUCCGGUGAAGAAGAGAAGAAAGAAGAGAAGAAAGAAGAGAAGAAAGAAGACUUCUGCCUGUGCUGCAGGCGCGACCACGCUAUGGUUGCCUGCCCGCGCUACGCCAAGCUGUCGGUGGAUGAGCGGUGGGCGCUGGUCAGGGAAAAGGGCGCCUGCUUCAAGUGCGCCACGAAGAGACAUCGGCGCAGCUUCUGUCGAGCGAAACCAUGCGGCGUGAACCAGUGCCGCCGCCCGCAUCAUUCAUCACUGCACGACGUAAGAAGAGAAGAGCCUGCUGCGUCGACCGAAGAAACCGUCAUGGCGGUUGCUGACCGCGCAACCGCACCGCCCCGUGCCGUCCUGCUGAAGAUGUGUCCAGUCACCGUCGUCGGCCCACGGGGGGAGGUAUCGACGCACGCACUGCUCGAUGAGGGCUCCACCAUCACCCUCAUUGAUGAGGACCUGGCGCAACAGAUCGGCGCCAAAGGUCCCGCCACGCCGCUCCGCAUCCACGGGGCGAACAUGGAGCAGAUUGAAGAAGGAAGUCGGCUGGUGACGGUGCAGCUGCGGGGGCAGAGCGACGGGACACUACACGACCUGCGCGCCCGCACGAUGAAGAAGCUGCAGUUGCAUCAGCAGUCCAUCCCGGGAUCCCUGCUUCGGUACAGACAUCUGCGCGACAUACCGGAACGUGAGGUAUGUUACGAACAAGCACGCGCGGGUGUCCUGGUGGGUACCGACCACUGGGAGCAUAUCGUGACCAGAGAACUUCGGACGGGCGGCGCCGACGAACCUGCCGCCUCCAAGACAAGUCUCGGCUGGGUGAUACAUGGAACAACGCCGCGUCGAAUGAUCGUCGAGAGAGACCGCGUGCUUCACGUCCGAGAACAACAAGCGGACCAGCGGCUGCACGACCUGGUGGCAGAGCACUUCAAGAUCGAAUCAUUGAACAUAGCCAGCAGACCGCGCAUCAGCGACGCCGACCGACGAGCGACAUCCAUCGUCGAGACGACUACGAAGAAGACGCCGGGCGGGUACGAGAUCGGCCUGCCGUGGAAGAGGGAUAACGUCCGCAUGCCGCCGAGCUACAAUGCCGCGCUGCGGAGACUUCUGAAGAUUGAAGCAAAAAUGGACGCCGCGCCGGAAUUCGCAGCCGAGUACACCAAGCAGAUGAACAACUUAUUCGAGAAAAGGUAUGCGGUUCCGUGCGAUGGCAGUGAAGGCGAGAGCAGCGUGUGCUGGUACCUGCCGCAUUUUGCUGUGACCAAUCCCAACAAACCAGGGAAGCAGCGAUUGGUCUUUGAUGCGGCAGCCAAAAGCCACGGGACUUGUUUAAAUGAUGAACUACUUGAGGGCCCAGACUUGCUACUAUCACUGCCAGGUAUAUUAUUUCGAUUCAGGGAAAAGGCAGUGGCAGUCACAGCAGAUAUAGAGGAGAUGUUCUUACAAGUGAAAAUAAGACCCGAAGACCAGCCAGCGCAGCAGUUUUUAUGGAGGGGAUGCCGACGCGACACGCCGCCACAGCACUAUAAGAUGACGUCCAUGAUAUUCGGCGCAGCGAGCUCUCCAUUUAUGGCGCAUUACAUCCGUAAUUAUAAUGCGCAGCAGCACGCAGAACAGUAUCCAAUGGCGCUGGAAGCGAUAACAAAGAGCCACUACAUGGACGAUCUGGUGGUGAGCUACGCCGACGCAGAGGAAGCCAGACAAGCGAUCGAAGAAAUACGGACAGUGCACGCAGCGGCAGGCUUCAAGCUACGAGGAUGGAACGCCAGCGACAGGAGCGUGCUGAGGGACGUGCCACGAGAACUACACGCCAGCACACCAACGCAGCUGGGAGGAGCGCAGCCAGCCCCGAAGAUCCUCGGGCUAAUUUGGGACGCCGAGCAAGACGCGCUAGGAUUCAACACAGCAAUGAACAGGGUACCGGUGGAGGUGCGAGAUCGCAAGCGCCCGCCAACCAAGCGCGAAGCAUUAAGUGCGGUCAUGUCAAUUUAUGACCCACUAGGCCUCUUAAGUUAUUUCACCAUCCGUGCUAAAAUCAUAUUGCAGAGCCUGUGGCGCCUCCAGAUUUCGUGGGAUGAGCCGAUACCUGAAGAAGAGGGCGAGCAGUUUGCGGGCUGGCUGGCGCAGCUGGAAACGGUCGGCGCGCUACGUUUGCCGCGAUGCUACGCAACGAACAACGUCGAAGACAUCGAGCUGCACGUGCUAUGCGACGCCAGUGAACAAGCGUAUGCAGCCGUGGCGUACUGGCGUAUGCGGCGAACGGACGGCAGCGUGCAAGUGAAACUCGUCUCGGCGAAAGCGAAGGUGGCACCACGACGCGCGCAGACGAUCCCGCGCCUAGAACUACAAGCGGCGGUGAUCGGCGCAAGACUCGCUGAUCAGAUUAGAAGAGAGCACAGGUAUGAAAUAUCUCGUACUUGGUUUUGGACAGACUCAUCGACGGUGGUGCACUGGGUGCGCAACGAUGCAAAGAGAUACACGCCGUUCGUCGCGCAUCGCCUCGGUGAGAUUGGAGAACUAACACAAAGGGAAGAGUGGCGGUGGCUGCCGACUCACGAAAACGUUGCCGACGACGCCACCCGCCUAAGUUUCACCACGGGACAUGAUCGAUGGUUCCAGGGUCCAGAAUUCCUGAUGAAGACGGAGGACCAGUGGCCCACGGAGAAGGAACUUCGAGAAACUACGGACGAGGCUGAUGUACUGCAUGUAAGCGAGCUGCCACGGAAGAUGGAAUGGCUGCCGGAUCCAGAGCGCUUCUCCAAAUUCCGCACACUGGUGGGAGCAACAGCAAGGGUGCUCGCAUUUAUCGACAUGCGCAUCAGGCACACGGCGACGAGACUAGAAUGUCGCCACCUGGAACAAGCCGAACGACUGUUGGUGCAGCGCGCACAGAACGACAGCUUUGGGGAAGACAUAAAGCGAAUCAAGGACGCGCGCCCCAUCAGCAGAUCCAGUAGACUGUACAAAUUGGACCCGGUAAUGGAAGACGGCGUGCUGAGAGUAAGGGGCCGCAUAAACGCAGCCACGGCACCCGACACGGUAAAGAAGCCGGUGAUCCUCGACGGCCGGCACAGAAUAACCAGACUAAUAGUGUUACAGGAACAUUGUGCCGCCGGACACGCCAACCGCGAGCGUGUCACCAACGACCUGAGGCAGCGCUACUGGGUCAUCCACCUGCGGCCUACAGUGCGCGCUGUGGAGAAGAACUGCGCGCUGUGCCGAAUACGCCGAGCAAUGCCGCAGGUCCCAGCCAAAGGGGACUUGCCGCGCGCUCGCCUCGACCCGUUCCACCGACCCUUCACCAACUGCGGGGUCGACUACUUCGGGCCAAUGAUGGUCAAGAUCGGACGAAGAAGAGAGAAGAGAUGGGGCGCGCUGUUCACCUGCUUGACAUCGCGCGCCGUGCACCUAGAGCUCGUCGCGUCUCUAUCAACGGACUCAGCCAUCAUGGCGCUGAGGAGAAUGGCGGCGCGCAGAGGGUGGCCUCGUCUGAUGUACUCAGACAACGGGACAAACUUCAGGGGCGCCGAUCAAGAACUGAAGAAGGCGUACAACGAGUGGGCGCCGGCGCUACAAGAAGAAGCGCUGCGCCAUCGAAUGGAGUGGCGCUACAUACCGCCGGGUGCGCCGCAUCAAGGCGGUGCUUGGGAGCGGCUGGUGCGGUCAGUGAAGACCGCGCUCGGCGCGACACUACGGGAGAAGGCGCCACCAGAAGAAGUGCUGUGGACUCUGCUCACCGAAGCGGAGUUCGCGGUGAACGCGAGGCCGCUGACUCACGUGAGCGUGAGCCCGGACGAUCCCGAAGCCCUCACGCCCAACCACUUCCUGCUGGGCUCCUCAACGGGACUGCCGACGACGGGGCCGUGCGACGAAGCAGACCGACGGACCUGGCGCGCCAGCCAGGCGCUCGCCGACCACUUUUGGCGCCGAUGGAUCAAGGAGUACCUACCGACGCUCGUGCCACGGGGGGAGGCGCGAAAGGACACGCGACGCCUCGAGGAAGGUGACGUGGUCAUCAUCGUGGACCACGUCUUGCCGCGCAACACAUGGCCCAUGGGGGUCGUGGUGCGCAUUCACGCCGGGCCGGACGACGCUGUGCGGGUAGCCGAAGUGAAGACCAAGAGCGGGAUCUUCAGACGCCCCGUCAGCAAGCUCGUCGUGAUGAAGGAGGCUACGCAAGCUACGCCGGGGGGAGGACUGUAAAGGACGAGCACACUUUCAAGGUCAAGCGCAGGCGACAACGGGGCUCCCCACACAGCGACGCCACGUGUAUCAACGCUACACAUGGAAGAAGAGGCGCACCGCGGUUUCGACGAGGCGCACCGCGGUUUCGACUAUCGCGCUGUAUACACUACGCCACGUGUAUUGCGUCUACACGUGGAGAAGGCGUGGCCUAGGCGGCACAUGCAAGACAGCCGCCGCCGCUUUGAGCCGCCGCCGCCGCUUUGUGCCUCGCCGCCGGGCGAUGGCUUUGUGGCUCGCCGCACCGCUUUGAAUAUCGCCGCCGGUGACGCAUAUAAAUAGCCCAACAUUUGGAAUUAAAGUCAGUUGCAGCAAGUUCUUCUUCCAGACUAGUAGUGAAGAAGUAAUAGUGAAUAAGUAAUAGUGAUAAAUUGUAAUAGUGUACAUAAGGGUCGAUAAUAUAUGUAUGUCGAAGGAAGGGUGUUUUCUUGAACACAAACCCCAACAAUAAUACAGUCC